AUGGCCGCUCCUCUCAAGCAUUGGAGAUCCUGGUCACCAUUUCGUCUCGAUGCUCUCGGCCUUCUCACUAUGCUGGGCGCUGACGAGAUGUCCCGUGAGAUUGGUUCACUCUCGGCCAACACCCUAGUAUCCUGGAUGUCUUUGCUCGGUGGAAAUGUCGUACCAUCAGAUGCGUUCGUGGCUCCUCUGCACGGCUAUACUCUCUACAACAUCUCCGACGCCAUUCAAUCGACCUCGUUGGCAGGCUGGUUCUCCCGGUGGCUUCUCGCCCAACAUCCCUCCCAGAACACUUCUCUCUUUGUUUGGAGUACGCGCUCCUACCCGCGCCAUCAUGGACACCGAGCCCUGGCGAUUGGAACCAUCGUCAACACGUGCAUUUUAGCCCUGUCAUUGCUUGUUGGGGAUUAUUAUGGCUUGGCAUCUGCGCUUUGCAUGGAUUUUGGAAUUAUCAUUCGGGCUUAUCUCGUUGCACAAAACCGGGAUGCCAUUGAUCGAGCGGCUGCUGAUACCUCGAUUCACUCCCAUGAUCUCGUCAGAACCUUCAUUAUUCUUGCGAAUGGAAAGGCUACCACUGUCAUCGCUCCUCGCAACGUGGUCGUCAACUGCUUUCUGUCCACCCCCAAGAUUGCGCAUCCCACAUUUUACGCUAUCGCAAGAGCUAUGGGAUGGUUUGCUUUUGUUGGUCUUAUUGUUACCGUCGGACAAGCUGUCUUGGUGGUGCAAAUUGCCAUAAUAAUCGUUACCGUUUCGGCUACUGUCUUGACGGCCUUUGGGAUUGGCACCGUGGGCGAUGGGGUGGGGAAGUCUUUACAAGUGGCUAGGUCUGAGCAUCCCAAUCGGCACGGAAGACGCGGUGAAGCGUAUGCCAUGCUGCAUCUAAAUAAGGAGGAGGAAGACACAAUGAUAGACUGGGCGCUAUUUCCCCAAAGGCGAAAUCAGAAUUGGUGGAAUCAGUACCGCACCUAUAAAGCGAUCGACAGUAAGAUUAUCGACGUCUUUGAAGACAGUGCGACAGAAGAGAAGACUCUUAAAGCGUCUUCGUUUCGUGGCUCGACCUUAACUGAGGAGAAAUCUGCUGCCACCACCGCCAAGGUCCAAGAGCUAAAGACUGAAUGA